UUUUUCUCCGUACCAAAGUAAGGAGAGAGAGGGAAGGACUAAGGAGGGGGAGGUGAUGGUCGGUGAUUUCAUACUGCGUGUCGACUCGGUCGUCGGAUCGGCGGCGUGCGUGGAUUCUUCUCGCUGCGGCAAAGGAUCGCUGGCGUCGUACGGCGUUGCGUCAGCGCCGAGUUGCUCGGUCAGCCGGAUGACCAAUGGUGAUGGUAAGAAUUGUGGCGAAGUGGCCGAGUGCCGGAUUUGCCAAGAGGAAGGGGAUGAAUGCGACUUGGAAUCCCCUUGUGCUUGCACGGGAACCCUCAAGUUUGCCCAUAGAAAAUGUAUACAGAAAUGGUGCAAUAAGAAAGGGAAUAUCACUUGUGAAAUCUGCAACCAGGCUUUUGCUCCAGAUUAUGUUUCCCCCUCAAGUGAAAUUGGUCUCAAUAUAACGACAAUUGAUAUCAGGCAAAGUUGGAGUUCACAAUUUGACCUUCGAGAGUCACAUUUACUUGCCAUCUCGGCUGCAGAACAGGAAUUGCUAAAUGCAGAUUAUGAAGAUUAUGCUGCUGCUGGUUCCCGUGUGAUCGCUUUUUGUCAUACAGUUGCUCUAAUUUUGAUGUUGCUUCUCUUUAUCCGACAAGUUCUUAAUGCAAUGACGGAAGCUGGAAUGAUGCAGGACAUAUCAUCAAUAUGUGAUGUAUCUCUCCAGAUUGCUGGCCUUCUCCUUCCAUGUUAUGUGAUAGCUCGUUCCUGCUACAUUCGGAGACGGCAGGUCUAAGGUUUUAUGAUAAAUGCCAGUUCUACGUCUCUCAUCCAUGAAUGGAGAGCUCCUCCUGCUUUCCUAGUUGCCACCGUCAUCGAAAUUGGAAGGGGUGUUAUCUUCACACACGUUCAGACCCCCACUGACAAUACAUAAUUGAGAUGUUGCACUAUUGUGAACAAAACUCAUUUCAUGAAAAACCAAAAUGGAUAUGUCGGUUUCUGAGAUCUUCUCAUGUGUUCAUCCAAUGGAGAAAUGGGCAUGCUCAUGGAAAACAGUCUUGUGGCCAACCUUUAUAUUGGUUUACUGCCUCAAGAUCACUGAGUUAGAUUAUUGAACUGUAAUAACUCUAGAGAAUAUGAGCGAUACCCAUUAUUUAUGGCUCGUGAUAUUUUACUUUUGUUCGUUCUUCACCUUUGGACCAAUGAUUGUGUGCUAGGGUUAUAUUUCGCCUGCAUCAGACAGGUAAAGUUUU